AUGAAAUGCAGUCCUACAUCGUAUUAUCUGGGAUCUGGACUAUUAUUCAUCAUUGGUUCGGCAGUAGUAUACAAUGGCUGGGAUUACAAUGCCAUACGCGUUCAGCAUAACGUGGUUUGUGCAGCUAACUCAAACGUUAACUUGUUGUCCUUCUUGUGGCUAAUUCAGGUACACAUUUGCAUUAUAACAAGAUAUACUUCACAGGGCCUAUUGUUAUCGGCGGCCAGUAUCGGUUUAGGUAUUUUUACAAGCUACGAUGGAUACCACCCAAACAACUCGUUCUUAAUCACAUAUUUGGGUCUAUUCAUAAAGAUCUCUCCAAAGAUUGUAAAGAUUAUGCACGUAUUCAACUUUUGCCAGCUGUCUACCAUACUUCUGGACCUGAUGAUUCUGCCAGAAUGCAACUCGGAGAGUCUGCGCAUGAUUUUCGUUAUUGCAUUUGGAAUAAAUUGGUUUAUCGCAAUUUGGGGAAUUGUUUUGCGCAAGCAAAUCUUCCUACCGCCGUACCUGUACGACCCUGCGUCGCUCCAAAACAGUUACUUGGACAAUCUCAAGGUUUGUGGUAAUAUAACAUGUAAAUUUAAACUCAGAACUUUAUUGAGGGUUUGGGCGUUUAAAACUAAUUAA